AUGAAUCAAAAAGUUUGCUACAAGUGUGGGAAGCCAGGGCACAUAGCCACAAAAUGUAAGACAGGAAGGGUAUGUUACGGGUGUGGAUCCCCUAACCACAUUAAGUCGGAAUGUCCCCAGAAUAAAGGUAACAACAAUCAAGGUAGGAUAACAGACAAUUGGUCAGCGGAUAAAAAGGCUGACAUUGGUAGACUAAAAGCUAGAGCUUUUCGCAUGACGGCUCAGGAGGCUCAGGAGACCCCGAAUGUGGUGACAGGUACUUUCCUAGUAAACUCAAUUCAUGCUAGGGUAUUAUUUGAUUCUAGUGUAAAUAGAUCUUUUGUGUCUACUACUUUUUGCAAAAACAUGGGUAGAAAUGCAAAGACUCUAGAACAUGCCUUAGAAAUUGAAACUGUUGACGAUCAUUGGGUAGUAGUAAGAGAGGAAUAUGAUGAUUGCUCUAUCGAAAUAGAAGGUGGUGUAGUAUCGUUAAAAUUAUUGCUUAUAGCCCUAGGUGAUUUUGAUAUCGUUAUAUGGAUGGAUUGGUUGUUGGCAAACCAAGCGAUCAUAGAUUGUGAAAAUAGGAUUGUUCAAGUUUAG